CUGAACUUGUAAUUUAUAUUGUGACAAAACAUGUUCUAAAAAUUGGUUAGAACUAAUCGUUCUGUGUAGUAACGAACGGGCGGUAACUCUUGUCAGCCCUUCUAUCAAGUCACAAGCGUUACAGGUUAGUGAUUCAACCAGCUUAAAUAUCACUAGUGCUGGCACGUGGCAUUCGGUAUAAAGAUGUGUGACGUCGAGAGUUUGGUGAAGGCCAGCCAUGAGGCAAAACUCAGAGCGUACUGCCCCUACAGUAAGUUUCAAGUGGGCGCCGCUGUGUUGACAGAGGAUGGCAAAGUAUUCACAGGAUGCAAUGUUGAAAAUGUUUCCUAUUCUUUGACAAUCUGCGCAGAAAGGUCAGCUCUGGUUAAAGCUGUGUCAGAAGGUCACACACGGUUCAAGGCCAUCGCUGUCGCCUCUAACAUGCCCGACACGUACAUUCGUCCAUGUGGCGCCUGCCGACAAUUUCUCCUGGAGUUUGGGAAGGACUAUGACGUGUACAUGACCAAACCUGACCACACGUUUAUCAAGUCCAGCCCUGUAGAACUGAUGCCACAUGGAUUCACUCCCUUGGAUCUUAUGUCCUAUGAAAAGCCUGGAAAUUAGUUGUUGAAAUUUACAUUUUUUUUAUAUUUUUU